GGGUGGCAAGGCGACGGUGGUAAAGCAAACGAGUACACGCAGGGGUGGCACGAGCACCAGGUUGCUGCUUCGAAAGCUUCGAAAGUUUCGAAACCAGUAGUCUGCUAUGAUUAUACUCGAGUAGGCGCAUCGGGGGUGCGCACUGGAUUAUACUCGCGUGUGUUUCUCCUGUCGAGGCGACCGCUCGUCCGCCGCAGGAUCUCCGGCCACAUUAUUGUUAAGAACAACCACCAAACUACAAAAAUAGCUCACCACCGGGCUAGUUACACUUUGUUUUCUUUGACAACACGUCGUCGUUGAUCAAAUACAAACCCCGAUUUUUUAUUUAUUCGUAAAUAAUAAUUAUUAUUAUUAUUUAAGAGCACGUGCGAUAUUUUCAAUCAUAAAUACUUAACAACACGUGCGUAUUAACGCAUUAAUCAAAGGAUUUACAAAAUAUCAAAUGCUGGUAUACUUUAGUUACUGUGAUUCGUGGUUUAUAAUAUAGGUGCAGUUUGUGUCUAUUUGAAUAAUUAUUAAAGCUAAACAAUUUAAUCCAAGAGAGUAAAUUUUUUAACGGCGAUUGAUGCUGAAACCGCAACAGAUACUAUCGAGGACAACUUUCAACAAAAAGUAAAUAAUUUUAAAAAACAAACAAGUGGAUUAUUUAAAAAAUCGUGUUGCCCAGGGCAUGGUGGUAAAGGAGACGGCGGGGCGAUGACGCUCUAUCACCGUCCGCCGUCUUCGCAACGAGUCCCUGAGGACUCGACCGACUUCCUGAUCCUCUAUCCAACCCCAUUUCUAAUUCACUCAACGACCCUACUUUGCAACAAUCGUCAACAUCAACAUCAACAUCAACAUCAACGACGACAUUAUCAUUGUCACAAUCCCAAAAACAUUACAAUAGAUCCAGCUAUCACUACGACAACCAAAACGACAACCAAAACGACAAGAACGACAAGAACGACAAGGUCGACAAGGACGACGAGGAGAAGGAGGUAUGAAAGAUCGUCCUCGUCAUCACGAACACGGGAUGCCCCUAGAAGAAGUACAGGGACUGCUUACGCCGUCCUCCAAAAUAGGUAACCGGGGUCCAUUGAAUGUGACGAUCGUCCAGGUAGGCAGUGGCGGAAAUGGAAGUGGCAGAGGAAGCGAAUUUCUCGGGCUGGAAUCAACGGCUGAAUUGAAGCCAACCCCUUCACCGCUGUCCGAGACCAGUGCGACUUUGCAAUCUGACAACAAUGAUACUUUUACUGGAGGAGUAGAUCCACGGCUGCUGCUCAGUAAUGUUCCGGGAGGUAUUUCCACUGAGGGCGAUCGUAACACGUGGGAGGGCCGAUAUCACGUAAAAGAACAUCGGCGAGCAGGCAAGGCGACUUUUCAAGGUCAAGUUUACAACUUCCUGGAACGACCUACUGGCUGGAAGUGCUUCCUCUACCACUUUUCUGUGUGUAUUUUAGCUGUGGUUGUGGUGCUAGUGGUUGCUUGGAUUGUGAAACCACUUAUUGUAUUGUGUAUAAUGUGUUGAUAGUAUUUAUGAGUUUACGUAUA